UGCUUAGACAAUCUAAUGGAUGAAGAUGAGAAAGACAGAGCAAAGAGGGCUUCACGUAACAAGUCUGAGAAGAAGAGGCGCGAUCAGUUCAAUGUUCUCAUCAAAGAGCUCAGCUCCAUGCUUCCAGGCAACACUCGUAAAAUGGACAAAACUACUGUGCUGGAAAAAGUCAUUGGCUUUCUGCAGAAACACAAUGAAGUCUCAGCACAGACGGAGAUUUCUGAAAUUCAGCAGGAUUGGAAGCCUUCAUUUCUCAGCAAUGAAGAAUUCACUCAGCUGAUGUUGGAGGCAUUAGAUGGCUUCAUUAUAGCAGUAACCACAGGUGGAAGCAUCAUCUACGUGUCUGACAGCAUCACACCUCUCCUAGGGCAUUUACCAUGUGAUGUCUUGGAUCAGAAUUUGUUAAAUUUCCUCCCAGAACAAGAACAUUCAGAAAUUUAUAAGAUGUUAUCUUCUUGUAUGCUUAUGACGGACUCGGCCUCACCAGAUUACCUAAAAACUGACAAUGAACUAGAGUUUUAUUGUCAUCUUCUGAGAGGAAGUUUGAACCCAAAGGAAUUUCCAACAUAUGAAUACAUAAAAUUUGUAGGAAAUUUUCGGUCUUACAGCAAUGUGCCUAACUCCACUUGCAACGGCUUUGACGAGGCUGUCCCAAGGGCUUACAGAACAUCCCCAGGAAAGCAGAUCUGCUUCGUUGCGACUGUUCGUUUGGCAACGCCUCAGUUUUUAAAGGAGAUGUGCAUCGUGGAAGAACCUCUAGAGGAAUUCACAUCAAGACACAGUCUAGAGUGGAAAUUUUUAUUUCUGGAUCACAGAGCACCGCCCAUUAUUGGAUACUUGCCUUUUGAAGUGCUGGGUACUUCUGGCUAUGACUAUUACCACAUAGAUGAUCUAGAGCUGCUAGCACGGUGCCAUGAACACUUGAUGCAGUUUGGCAAGGGGAAGUCGUGCUGCUAUCGAUUUCUGACCAAAGGACAGCAGUGGAUCUGGCUCCAGACCCAUUACUAUAUCACCUACCAUCAGUGGAACUCCAAGCCAGAGUUCAUUGUGUGCACACACAUGGUGGUAAGUUAUGCAGAUGUUCGGGUGGAGAGGAGACAGGAGAUGGGCUUGGAAGAAGUGUCCUCAGAGGUUGUGUCUUCAGCACUAAAGGACAGUGGUGCCAGCUUGGAUCCUGAACAGCACUUUAACGCACUUGAUAUUGGUGCCUCAAUCCUCAGUGCUAGUCGGACACCCUCAGUAUCAUCCAGGAGCUCACCAAAAUCUUCCCAUACACCCAAGUCGGACCCAGCAUCUACACCAACAAAGCUGAUUGCAGAGUCUAACACUCCCUUGCCAAGAACACCGAGUGCGCAGCAGGAUUUAUCUGUGCACAGACUCAGUCAACCUACUACUCUUCAGGUUUCUUUGCCUUCUCAGCCUCCAUGUGAGCUUCUCCCACAGCAGUUGCUGCCUCAAGCAGCUCUGCAAAAUCAGACUGCACCUCUGGCACAGUUCUCAGCACAGUUCAGCAUGUUCCAGACCAUCAAGGACCAGCUAGAGCAGCGGACCCGGAUCCUGCAGGCCAACAUCCGCUGGCAGCAGGAGGAGCUCCAGAAGAUACAGGAACAGCUCUGCCUGGUCCAGGACUCCAGUGUGCAGAUGUUCCUACAGCAGCCGAUGGUGUCCCUGAGCUUUAGCAAUACUCAGCAGACGGAGUCACAACAGCUACAGCAGAGGUCAGGGACGAUUUCUCAGCAGCAGCUUGUCCCCAGUCCUCAACUUCAAGGGCAAAUUGCGUCUUCACAAACAGUGAACCAGCAGGCACUGAGAGAAGUAAGCGUGAUAUCCAGCCAGGGCCCGAAGGCGGCGAGGAGCGCGGAGCCGUCGCCGGGCGGCGGCCGCCCGUCCCGCCCCGCGGCCCCGCCGUUCGCCUCAGCGCCCGCCACCAGCGGCGGCACGACAGCGCCCCCUGCCGGCCUGCCACGCGGCAGCACCCCCGGCCCGCCCGCCGCCGCAGGCUGUAGCCACGACCAGCAGCUCAGACUGUUGCUGAGCCAGCCUAUUCAGCCCAUGAUGCCUGGGUCCUGCAACGCCAGACACCCUUCAGACCUCAGCAUGGCUGGAUCCCAGGCUAAGUAUUCCCAAACUCAACGAAUGUUUCAAAGUCUGGAAGUGCAGACUUCCAGCAGCAGCUCUCCAAUCGUACUGAUGGGACAAGCAGUGUUAAACCAAGGGUUCACCACUACACCUCCUUCCCAAACAUCCUCUCUGCCACCUAUGCAACUCCAGCACCAACAGCAUCAGCAACAACACUACCUGCAGGUGCAAACACCAAGCUCUUUGCACAACGAGCAACCUGACUCUUUGCUCCUGCCAUCUUACUCGCCACAGCAAGGAAACAUGGGGUAUCAUCAGACACAGCAGCAGCAGCAACUAACAUCAAGAAGAAGCAAUAGCUUAUCAGAAUCGUCGAAUUUACCACAGCCACUGCGGUAGAGUCCCACCAGCACAACCAAUGCACGAUUAGCUUUAACCAAUGGGCACAUGGGGCAGAAGAGAAUGACUCUGUACUUACUGUUUUGGCUUUUGCACAAGCGUUUGUUUCCUAGCUCUGCAGAAAGACACAAGUACGGCCCAGAGCGCGGCCUGCCACAGGCAGCAUGUUUACGGCACACACAGGCUUCAGCCUGCGCUGUCUCCCGAGCAUGGGGUGUACUGACAGAGCAGAACAAAAAGGAACACUGUCCUGUGCAGCCUCCAUCAUCACUCUGAAAGCUCUCUGGCAGUUCCCAAAAAGACUGUCGAUGGACUCAUGAGGUACCUGGCCUUCACUGUUUCAGUUCUUCUUUUGUGUACGAAAAGCACUGCAUCAAAGGUCUAUUGAGGAGAGAACAAGAGAUUAUUUUUAUUAUGAUUAUUGUU